GUGAAAUGUUGAAACUGCAAAACAAACAAGAAGAUACAAAAUGUGCGGUUUUCUUAAAUCACAGGAAACUGAUAAACGAGGCAUAUGGCGAGUUCCAGCUUAAGUCUGAGCUCUUCCAGUUCCAGGCCAAGAAGGCGCUUCAGGAGAAUGGUGGUAAGAAGUCCAGGAAGCGCAAGAGGAACGCCAGCGAGGAGCGGACAUCCUGCUUGGAGGAUUUGCAGCUGGUGAAUGGCUAUCUGGAGCUUCUGACCAAGCCCCUCGAACCGGAGGACACUGCUUCAAUAGCCAGGUACUGGGAGGAUGCCUACAACGUGCCCCAACUCCAUGGAGCCAACGAAAGCGGUCGGAUGCAGCGGUUCCAGGGGCAGGAUGAUGCACGCUGCGUAUACUUAAUUCCCAACCGAUCCAAGUUCUUCAACCACAAUGUGGACAAUCUGCCAGCACUGCUGCACCAACUCCUGCCCACCUACGAUCUCAUCGUGCUGGAUCCCCCCUGGCGCAACAAGUACAUCCGUAGACUGAAGCGGGCCAAGCAGGAGCUGGGAUACUCCAUGCUGAGCAACGAUCAGCUGUCGCUCCUCCCGCUCUCCAGGCUCACACACACACGGUCCUUGGUGGCCAUCUGGUGCACCAAUUCAGCGCAACAUCAGGUGGCGCUGGAGCAGCAGUUACUGCCCAGCUGGAACCUUCGUUUGGUCCACAAACUGCGAUGGUACAAACUCAGCACGGACCUGCAACUGAUUGCCGCUCCACAGGCGGAUCUCAGCCAAAAGCAGCCCUAUGAGAUGCUCUACGUGGCCUGUCGCUCCGAUGCUCGUGAGGAUUACGCGCAGGAUAUCCAGAAGACCGAUCUGCUUCUCAGCGUGCCCAGUAUUGUGCACUCCCACAAGCCACCACUGCUGCAUUGGAUCCGUGAUCACAUGCAACUGGAGGAGGAUCAGAAGGAUCCCAACUGCCUGGAGCUGUUUGCCCGAUACCUGCAGCCCCACUUCACAUCCAUUGGCUUGGAGGUUCUCAAAUUGAUGGACGAAAGGCUAUAUGAAGUGGGUCAGGAAGAAAAGUAAUCCUAAUAUGGACACUUUUGUUCUUAUUGACUUCUGAGUAUUUCUAUCAUUUGUUUUGUUGACAUACUCAUGAGAAAUGCACUUGUUUAAAUGUUGAAUGAAUGAAUUAAUAAGCUUAGAUUUGUACAAAGUAAAUGUAGAAGUCAUCCAAAAGCAGAAUAUUAAAAAAGCUUUACUAAUAUGUAAAACUAUUAAACUAUCAAACUAUAACCAAAA